GUUAAAUUUCUGCCGUUCACACAGUGUUGAGCAAAAAUUAGCUUUGUUGUAUUUUAUAAACAAAUGUAUAAUAUUUAUUCAUGCAGUUUAUAUUGCAUUUAAAUGUUUCUGUUACAGCUGUAAUAUCUGCGUAAUUGGGUGCAAGCGCUCCAGAUGUGGGUCGCAUCCAGAUGUGCAUGCGCGCGUGUGUGUGUGUGUUUCUUUACGGUUUCACCAAGACGUCGAGGAGUGUCUCAACCAAUCACAGCCGCCCGGGGGGGCGGGACCUUGCACUGCUACUGUAGUGGAUGUGAAAAAAUGGAUCAUUUAAAGCGCAUAUCCAUUCAUAUCCCGACGAGGGGGGGGACUGUGUUCGGACGCUGAAUUUGUUGCCAAAUGUCCGGACGUGGUGUGAAAAGGAAAAUAAGCCACUAAUACCAAAGGGGUUCGCUAACUGGAGGGGCCUGCCGACAGCAGUUGCGCCAGGCACCAUGAAGCAGCGAGGCUGGCCCGAGAGAGCGAAGAAAUCUGCCUUCAUUCCUCUGGAGCAGGCUGCGCCGCGGCAGAAAUGCACAGAGCAUCAGCAGAAGCAGCGCAUACCGCCGCCGAGACUGGCGAAUCCCGGCAUCUGAGAGUGGACAGCAAAUGGGGGAAGACGUCCAGAGACUGAGCGAGUGGAGUCAGUAACUCAGACUGUGUGUCGUCCUAAAUGGCAAAGGGGACCGGGCCACACUCGGAGGAGGCGGUGAUGUCCUUGUUAACACAUUGCCCUCCAUUAGAAGCUCCUUGUUAGGAGUCACUAAACCCGGGGCCGGUGCCCCUGUGAGGCAUCAGCGCCGAGGGGCAAAAGGAGAGUGGGGACAAAGCGAGCGACUGAACAGAAGAAAAUAAAAGAUCGAGACAGGCCCCCAUGCAGGCACGCAAGAAAUAUGUUCUGCUGGGCUUGUGUACGUUCUGCUGGCUGGUUCUCUUUUACUGCGGUAGAGGAGUCCAGCUACCUGCACGUCUGCUCCGGCUAUUGACGGGCCAGCAGGGCGAGGUCGUGCGACUCUGGCCCAACUGGACCGACCGGGCCUUCCUGCCAUGCUAUGCCCACCUGGAUGAUCUCCAGACAGACCCGGGGACGUCUGAGUCGUCCCGGCAGCGUCAACAAGCAUGGUCGGUUAUUUAUAAGGACAGUCACUGCCGUAUGGAGACCUGCUUUGACUUUACUCGGUGUCGCCGUAAAGGACGGGACGGGUUCAGGGUGUACGUGUAUCCAUCGGAGAAAAACGACCACGUAUCGGAAAGCUACAAGAAGAUCUUGACUUCUAUAGCCGAGUCGCGGUACUACACAUCAGAUCCGCGUGAAGCGUGUUUGUUUGUGCUUGGCAUCGACACCCUGGACCGGGACCAGCUGUCAGGACAGUUUGUUCCCAAUGUGGAUGACCGAAUUCGGGGUUACCCGCUGUGGAACGACGGGCGUAAUCACUUGAUCUUCAAUCUUUACUCUGGCACAUGGCCCAACUACACCGAGGACCUCGGUUUCAACAUAGGCCAGGCCAUCUUAGCUAAAGCUAGCCUCAAUACAGAACAUUUCAGGCCGGGCUUUGACAUUUCCAUACCGCUUUUCUCAAAGGAGCAUCCGCAAAAGGGUGGCGAGCGAGGCUGGUUGGUGAGGAACUCUACCCCGCCGCGGAGGAAGUACCUGCUGAUGUUCAAAGGGAAGCGUUAUCUGACAGGCAUUGGCUCAGAUACCCGAAACGCACUCCAUCACAUUCACAACGGGAAGGACAUUGUGUCGUUGACAACAUGCCGUCACGGGAAGGACUGGGAGAAACACAAAGACGCUCGCUGUGACCAUGACAACCUGGAAUAUGAGAGGUUUGAUUACCAGGAACUGCUCCACAACUCCACCUUUUGUUUGGUCCCUCGAGGUCGACGCCUGGGAUCCUUCCGCUUCCUGGAGUCUUUGCAGGCGGCGUGCAUCCCUGUGCUGCUGAGCAACGGCUGGGAGCUGCCGUUUUCCGACGUCAUACAGUGGAACCAGGCUGUCGUCGAAGGGGACGAGAGGUUGCUGUUGCAGGUUCCAUCUACAGUAAGAGCAGUCAGGAAUGAGCGAGUCUUGGCUCUCAGACAGAGGACCCAGAUGUUGUGGGAAGCCUACUUCUCCUCCGUGGACAAGAUCGUCCUCACCACACUGGAGAUCAUUAAGGACCGUGUGUUUUCUCACAUAUCGAGAAACAAAUACAUGUGGAACUCCCUGCCUGGAGGUCUACUCGUCCUGCCGGAAUACUCCACUCACCUUGCACAUUUUCCUUUCUACUACCUGGGCUUAGGCAUCAGUCCAAAUCAGGAGUUCACUGCCGUCAUCCACGCGGUCUCUCCAUUGGUGUCCCAGUCUCAGCCAAUCAUGAAGCUGCUUCAGGUGGUCUCCAAGUCCAAGUAUUGCUCACAAAUCAUCAUCCUCUGGAACAAUGAGAAGCCCCCACCCGGUCGAAGCAAAUGGCCUCCCAUGCCGGUCCCCCUCACCGUAACGGACGGCAAGAGGAAGACCACCAGUCGCUUCCUGCCUCACGUUGCUAUAGAAACCGAUGCGGUGCUGAGUCUGGAUGAAGAUACGGUCCUGUUGACUAGUGAGGUGAAUUUCGCCUUCCUGGUGUGGCGGAGUUUCCCAGAUCGGAUCGUGGGAUAUCCUCCCAGGAGCCACUUUUGGGAUCCUUUAAAACACGCCUGGGGAUACACCUCCAAAUGGACCAAUGACUACUCAAUAGUCCUGACUGGCGCUGCCUUCUACCACAGGUACUACCACUACCUGUUCUCACACUACCUGCCCCAGUCUUUGAGAACCUUGGUGGAUCGCACCACCAACUGCGAAGACAUCCUGAUGAACUUCCUGGUGUCUUCUGUCACCCACCUGCCUCCAAUCAAAGUGGCCCAAAGGAAGCAAUACAAGGAGCUCCCCAGCCCACAGGUACCAGUUCUUUGUGACACCGCAACAGGGGGCGUUUUCAUGGCGGCCUUCGACUUACCACCUGUGCUGCAGAUACUUCCCAUUGUUGUUAAUCCCGGUGUGUUCUAUUUUUUACCCAGCAGGGUACAAAAAAUGUCCCCUGGGCUAACCCAGAGCACUUCAACCAGCGCCAGGAGUGUGUCAACACGUUUGCCAACUGGUUUGGUUACAUGCCUCUGGUCCACUCUCAGUUUCGCCUUGACCCCGUGCUCUUCAAGGAUCAAGUGUCUGUCCUCCGUAAGAAGUAUAAAGACUUAGAGAGGGCAUGAUGAUGGUGAACAUACCUGUAAAACGUGCCCACAACAGACAAGGCCAAUGGACCAAUCAGAAAAGUGGAAGAGUUGCCUCAUAAACUUGUCUUGUGGACAAUCAUCAGACAGACCCCCGAUCAUGACGGGGAAUGUAAGUCCUGUCAAUGGGAUCCUAAUCAAAGGAUAACGAUCAUUGGAAAGCAAAUACAGGAAGUUCGAUGCGAGUGCUGUGGAAAAUUAAGAAGCAACUGCCAAACACCAUCCAAGGACGUCGGUACCGGUGCCAUGUUCUCUGGCUAUUCUCGUCUCGGCAUUUCUGGGCAAGGAAGCAGUUUGCCAAGAAAACAGCGACAACUCUAAAAACCAAUAAAAAUGAUUUGAAAAAUGCAGAUUCUGACGUGGUGUUUGAUGAAUCUGUCAUUCGUCCAAUUCUGGUAAUCUGCAUUGAAAUGACAUGUCGGUCACUUAAUCUUCAUUUUUUUUAAAAGGAGAAGAUGCAGAGCUUCUAUUCAUAUAUUUUAAUUAGAAAUUUUUUUACAAAAAAAAUGAUCCAUUAUGCCAGUCCCACAGGCAAAUCCAAAGGGCAAAACCGUGUUGCUGAGCACUAAGGAAGACUAAUGAAGCACAUACGCACACUCUCUACAAAGCACCUGAGAUGUAUACAGUAGCUG